AUGAUACUCGUCGUGCUCUUCGCCAAUUCCGAAGGCAACAUCCGCAUCAAGAAGAUAAUACCCUCCUACUCCCAACCACUCACACCACAUCGAGAGCCCUGGAGCGUCAGCUCCUGCAAGCCCCGCAACGGCUUCGCCUCCCUCCGCGACGACAGCCUCGACACCUAUUGGCAGUCGGACGGCGCGCAGCCGCACCUGGUCAACAUCCAGUUCCAGAAGAAGGUGCAGCUGCAGCUUGUUGUGUUGUACGUGGAUUUCAAGCUGGACGAGAGCUACACGCCCAGCAAGAUCUCCAUCCGGGCCGGCGACGGCUUCCACAAUCUCAAGGAAAUUAAAACGGUGGACGUUUUGAAGCCAGUAGGAUGGGUUCAUAUAUCAUUAUCUGGCACUGAUCCCCGGUAUGGAUUUUGUAACUUAAACCCUGUGAUGCCUUUGUUUUCCUUCCUCUAGCAUUGAAACUUCAGAAUGUAGCUCACCUUACCAUCUGA